GUAGCAUACGUGGUUUAAAUUAAUACGUAGAACAAUUUAGGAUAUACGAACUUAUAAUACGAAUUUCGGCAGGUACAGUAUGCAAUAAACAUGACCGAUUCACGAAAAAUCGUACAAUCUUUUUUAAUUAUUUUUCUGACUGUGAAUUUACAAAACACAACGGCCGUAACGCCUGACAUUAAUCGAAAGACAGCAAGUGAUAUAAUCGGCGAUUUAUCAAAAUCCCAACUGCAGGAACUGCUUGGUAUGAUUGAGAAUCCGAAUUCCCUAGAUGGUACAAAUUCUCAAUGCGCUGGACAGUUUACAGAGAACACAAACAGAAUUAUCCGCACUGAGGAUUCAAUGCAUAAUGGGGCAAAGUUCUUACAAGUUUCAACCGAACAUAUGACAACUGAUUCAUGCAAACAACUAUGUUGUGAUUAUAAGGACCCAAAUAAUCAACAAAGGUGCGACUUAUCCGUGUACCAAGCGAGUAGCACCCGCUCAAGAAAACCAAAAUGUUUCAUAUUUUCAUGUUUAAACGAGUCAACUGGAGAAUUCAGUUGUUUGUUCUCAAAUCAUGCUGGUUAUACAAGCUAUAGAAGAAGGGAAGCAACACCGAAAGCUGUUGUCCUGGCAAAUGAUGAUGUGUCUCAGCUACAAGAAGUUAUUGAUACCUCAACAACUACAACAACAACCACUACAACCAGCCCUACAACUACAAGUGCACCAACAACUACCACUACAACAGCUAUAAGUGAAGCACCUACAACUACUUCAACAACAAGUACAACAACUCAACCAACAACAACUGCAGCUCCUACCACAACAACAACAACAACUGAAAAGGAAUCAUGCAACACCAACUGUGCACAUUAUGAAUGGGCAUGCGACAACAAAUGUUGUAUUCUUGCACGAUUUGUUUGUGACCACACUAACCAGUGUGAAGAUGGCAGCGAUGAAACUGAUUGUCCUGAAUUACAAACUCAACCCAUAGUCAAUACAACAUUAAAAGUGGUUCCAGUGACAAAAGUGAAUGUCGUUGUGACGGAAAAACCCGAAGUAGAAGUAGUGGUUGAUGAUGUGAUAGUGCAGGAAAGUGUUUCACCUGAACAGGGAGCUGUUUUACCUCUUGCGCUUGGGCUUGCGGUCACGGCCUGCAUCAUCUUAAUGGUGGUGUGUAGGAUUCGGGUCAUGAGGAAAAAAUUGCGACGGCAUGGAGGCCCCUUACGCAUGGAUGAGUCAGAUUACCUUAUUAACGGCAUGUAUUUGUGAUGUCACAAUCUUGUACACUGUUUGCACUUCACCACUGCACAUAGGCGUACUGUUUUUUUAUAUCUAGGGUGACAUUGUUACAAUGUGGUUACACUCAAAGUUGUCAAACACCGGGAUCCUCUUAUAUUAAUGUGUUAAAUGCAAUAUAAUUUGACUCUUUUUGUUUGUAUAGACACCCAACAGCAGAGUGAAAGUUCUUUUUUUUCAUAUGAGGUCCCCCGUUUCAAAAUUUAAGGUUACAUGUCACCCUACGCACCUGUAAUGUUACACCUAUGCCACUUCGCAGUACCAUUUUUAAUCAUUAAGAUUUUAUUCAGAAGCAUCCUUUCAAUCGUCAAAGCAGUUUAUAUUCGAGAUUAUGUUUCUUCUAUGCCAUGAGUAUUAACCAAAUCAAUUGUUAUAAAUAAUCAUACUGAUCAUGCUGCCUUACAUGAUGGUUUUACGUAUUUCUUUUAUAUAGUUGGGUGUUUUCUACGUGUCAUCUGUUUUAAUAAACCUGUUCUACACACAA